AAAAAGAAAAAAACAGAACCAACUGUUCUCUCAGCUCUGUUCCUUAUUUUAUUCCAAUUUUCAUUUCGCACCUAAAUUUCAAAACCCUAACUUUCAAAUUUCGCUAAUUUGCAAUCAAAAUCUCUUUAACAAUCAAACGUUCAUAAAAAAUAACCAGAAAAUGGGCAAAUCCAAACGCGGCCGAAAAUCCAAAACCCUAGAUCCUUCUACCGACGACGAUGUUUUUGCCGUCACCAAUAUCGAAAUCAUCAGUCCCGCCACCUCACCCACCACCGCCAAUGCCGCCGAAUCCCACUCACGUGGCCGUGGCCGUCCUAAGAAACGCCUUAAGGCAGAAAGGUCUCCGUCUUUUGUGCCACAGGCAAAUAAUGGAGGAGAAAUGAUGCUCUCAAUGCUGCCUGCUGAGAGCGUCGCUGGUCCGCAACGGUUGGUGCCGGCUAUGGACGCCGUGGUGAAGGUGUUUUGUGUGCACACAGAGCCGAAUUUUUCAUUGCCGUGGCAAAGGAAGAGACAGUAUAGUUCGAGUAGUAGCGGGUUUGUGAUUGGAGGAAGGAGGGUAUUGACUAAUGCACAUUCUGUUGAGCAUUACACUCAAGUUAAGCUCAAGAAACGAGGCUCGGAUACUAAGUAUUUAGCUACUGUGCUUGCUAUUGGAACCGAAUGUGAUAUUGCUAUGCUAACGGUGAAUGAUGAUGAGUUUUGGGAAGGAGUGUCACCCGUUGAGUUCGGCCAAUUACCUGCACUUCAAGAUGCUGUCACUGUUGUGGGUUAUCCAAUUGGGGGAGACACGAUUUCUGUAACCAGUGGCGUUGUUUCACGAAUUGAGAUCCUUUCUUAUGUUCAUGGGUCGACUGAGCUUCUGGGUUUGCAGAUAGAUGCUGCCAUAAACUCAGGAAACUCUGGUGGGCCUGCCUUUAAUGACAAAGGAAAAUGCGUUGGCAUUGCAUUUCAGUCCCUUAAACAUGAAGAUGCUGAAAAUAUAGGGUAUGUCAUACCAACACCAGUCAUCACCCACUUCAUCCAAGACUAUGAGAAGAAUGGAGCAUAUACAGGAUUCCCAUUUCUCGGUAUUGAGUGGCAAAAAAUGGAAAAUCCAGAUUUGCGUAAGGCCAUGGGAAUGAAACAUGAUCAGAAGGGUGUUCGUAUCAGGAGAAUCGAUCCCACUGCUUUAGAAUCUAAGGUGUUAAAACCAUCAGACAUUAUUCUCAGUUUUGAUGGUGUAGAUAUUGCCAACGAUGGAACCGUUCCCUUUAGGCAUGGAGAGCGAAUAGGUUUCAGCUACCUUAUUUCCCAAAAGUAUACCGGUGAUGGUGCCGCAAUUAAAGUUCUCCGCAGUUCUGAGGUUUUGAAUUUUGACAUCAAACUUACAACUCACCGGAAGCUCAUUCCAUCACAUGUCAAAGGCAGACCACCUUCAUAUUAUAUUAUUGCAGGAUUGGUCUUCUCAACUGUUUCUGUUCCAUAUCUUCGUUCUGAGUACGGCAAGGAGUACGAAUAUGAAGCUCCUGUCAAGCUUUUGGAUAAACUUCUGCACUCAAUGCCUCAAACCCCAGAUGAGCAGCUAGUUGUGGUUUCUCAGGUGCUCGUUGCUGAUAUUAAUAUUGGUUAUGAGGACAUUGUCAACACUCAGGUUCUUGCUUUCAAUGGCAAGCCAGUGAAGAACCUUAAGAGCUUGGCCAACAUGGUAGAAAAUUGCAAUGAUGAGUUUUUGAAAUUUGAUUUGGAUUAUGACCAGAUAGUAGUUCUCGCGACGAAGACUGCCAAGGCAGCCACUGUAGAUAUUCUCACUACACAUUGCAUACCUUCAGCAAUGUCAGACGACCUUAAACAGUGAAGUCCGGGAUUUAAUAUACAUAAAUUGCACUAGUCUUAUUAUAACCUUGUUGUCACUAGCAUUUUCAAGAUUAGGAGGAAGAAAUAUGUAUACAAUUCGAGUAGUUGAACCUGCUAGGUUUAUAUUUGCAACUGCCGAAGCACAUGCACAUCCAGAGAUGGUAUUAAAAGUUAAGAAUUUUUUCUGAGAAGAGUAUUUUACCUGUAGCAAGAAGAAGAUGAAGGAUAGGUUGAGAAAUAUAAGUGUUUUUCCGGUUAUCAUAGAAAUUUUGCGGAAUCAAGUUGAGUAUUUGAUCAACGAUCAUUUGUAGCUUCUUUUAUCUCAAAUAGAGAAUUAGUGAAAACAUCAUUGCUACUGUAAUUUCUACUUCUAAAUCUCAUUAUUAACAUCCUGAUUGAGUUGGGUAUUUGAUUA